GGCUGAAAUUUGAAAAGUUCGAAACUUAGAUGUCAUCAACCUAUUAUUAUUCCUCUAUGGAUGUCAUUACAAAUACGAAAAGUACAAAUAGAAUAUGAGAUGUUUAUUGAGUUUUAAAAACUAAUUUACUUUUAAACAUGAAAAAAAACCGGAAAAGUUAUCAUGGAGAAAUCAAGAACGUACCGUAGCGAUAUCUAGUUUGAUUUCUGGAAUUAUUUUUUUUGAAAUACUCCCUAUUGGCAUUUAAAUCCUACAAUUUGUGCUGCCAUCUAGUGACUAAAAUUUUGUAGUUUCUUUAUUUUUAGAGUAUUAUUGUUCUGUGAAUGUAAUUUGUGAAAUAAAAAUGUCCGUAUUAUUUACAUCUAACACUUGUCUUUUAAUUGAUCACAACGAAUUCAUAUCAAAGGUGUAUAAAGAUGUGUACAAAAAAGAUAAAGUUUUUACAUUUGAAUUUACAAAAAAGUUAUUUUCUAUACAAAUGGAUAAGAACCUGUCAAAUAAAAGAAAAAGGAAACAUAAUCAUGAUAAAUUGUCCGAAGAGGUGUGUAUUUUAACCAUUUAACGUUUUUUUAUGUUUAAUAAACGGUUAGUUUCGUUUUACUAUUAUAAUAAAACAAUCAAAACAUUGCUAUAGAAUAUAUUCUUGUUAAAUUUCACAAGGGAUAUUUUAUUUUUCAGGCGUUAAAAUUAAAAACUCAAUAUGAUGAAUUCAAACAACAAAUACCAUGUUUUAGAAAAAAAAAACUAUUUGAAGAUUAUGCUAUAACAAAAUCAAAACAUGUCCGUGAGUUAUCUCAAAAAUUAUUUGAAACUACAGUUUUUCCUUUUGUAGGUAAAAAUGGUGGAAAUAAUAGUGACAAAGCCCUUUUAUGUCAUAUUGAAGGUGAUUAUUUUUUUAUGCCACCUAAUUGCAGAUUUUACUGCAAUUGUGUAAAAGAUCAGUGUCUGAAGUUAAAUACUAGAUAUGAUAUGGUCAUAGCAGACCCUCCUUGGUGGAACAAAUACAUAAGAAGACUGAAAAGUGCCAAUGAGAAAUUAAGUUAUUCCAUGAUGUACAAUGAUGAUAUUGCAAAUUUGCCUAUCAAGAAUCUUCUGUCUGAAAACUGUUUAGUAGCUGUAUGGUGUACAAAUGCCUCGAGUUGUAUUGAAGCUGUGAAACACUUGAUUUUUCCCAGUUGGGGUGUAGAGUAUGUUACCACUUGGUAUUGGCUGAAAAUCACUGUGGACUUAGAGCCCAUAUGUGUCUUCAAUUCUGGAUGUAACAAACAACCAUAUGAAAGACUUAUGAUUGGAAAAGUAGGACAAGUGAAUAAUGUUCCAGAAGAAAGAAUAAUAGUUAGCAUUCCUAGUGCUUUACAUUCCCAUAAACCACCAUUGUUAGAUCUUCUAACGCCGUAUGUGAAUGCUGAAAAACCAGAGGUGUUGGAGUUGUUCGCAAGGUAUCUCCUACCCAAUACAACUAGUGUAGGAUAUGAACCUCUCAAGUGGCAGCAUGAAUCACUGUAUGAAAUGGUUGAAAAUAAAAACUGUUGA